AUGGCAGACUCCACCAGCAGCUCUGACGCUUCAUCAUCAAACCACUGCUCCUCUUCCUCACUCAGAGAGCUCUCACACUCAGGUAAGACUCACCUGUUCACACCUGGACCUGCACUGUCUGCUCUGACUUUUGCCAUAGAGACCACUUAGUGCUCCCUGGUUAUUAAUUAGGAGUGAUCAGCUGAUCCCUGAACUUGCAGCUGAUUGAUCAGUGUUUGUAGUAUAAAUAUGUCACAGCAGGAUGGAAGUCUUUUAACAUGACAUUCAGACCCUGAGAUACCAUGACAACGGGUUAGUUGAGUUAGUUUUCACUGAUGGGGGUGUGGCCUGGCAAAUAUGACUCAGGUCAACCAAUCAAUCAACUGACAUAUCAAUCAGUCAUAGUCCAUAGUGAAGGACUCAGUUAACCCACUGUAUCUUGAGUAUCGUAGUCAGUUGACAUGUAAAGGUGCAUGCUAGGUGGUUAGCAUGUUAAUAAGCUGUGUGCAGACACAGGUGCACUGUUGGCUUAUAUGCUUUGUGGUUAGCGUGUUAAUAAAUGUGUGCAGACACAGAGGUGCAUUGUUAGUUUACAGUCAGCUGAUAAUGUUUUUCAGACUGGUUGGUUAAGCUGAUUACAGCUGCUGAAGGUUAAUCUGCUAACACCCCGACUGUUAACCCAAACCCCCCGACCUCAAAACUUGCUGAUCAUGUGACUACCACAAACCUCAAACUGAUUGUUCUCUAGAUCACUGCACACCUGGAAUGCACACUAACUCAGAGUAAACCUGAAAUCUCUACAGCAGCACUGAGUUUCUCUGAUCAGCUGACCCAUGACAACAUGUUAAAACAUUUUAUAAUUGUUGUACAUAAUGUUUUGUUUGUAAAAAUCAUGUAGACUGAGGCAUUCAGACAAAAGUGUGCCUUAUAAAAAUAUCCCCCACGUUGUUUAUGCCAAAUUCUGAGUCUACCAUAUGAAUGUCACAGCUAAUGUCAGACUCAUCAGAUCGUGCAACAAUUUUCUAACUUCUGUUGUCCAAGUUUGUUGAGCCUGUAUGAAGUGUUGUCUCAGUUUCCUGUUCUCAGCUAACAAGAGUGGCAUCUGUAUGCUGCUGUAGCCCAUUUGCUUCAAGAUUUAACACGUAUAGUGGAUAUGUUUAUACAGUUAAAUUGGUUACAAUAUACAGCUUACUUAUACCACAAACUGUGCAUGUGUGCAUAUGUGUGUGUGUGUGUGUGUGUGUUAGCCAUACAGCUCGUUCACUGGAAAGAACCAAAGAAGUCAGCAGCAGCGUUUGGCAUGUCUCUGCUGGUUCUGUUCUCUGUGGCGACACUGUCAGUCAUAAGUGUUGUAUCUUACCUGCUGCUCACCUGUCUCUGCAUUACCAUCACCUUCAGGUAAGAGGCCUUUCUACCUGGUCUUUCCCCGGCCAAUAAGAGCACUUGAGAAACUCAAAAAAUGACAUCAUCCUAAAAUCAACUUCCUUUUUUUUAUUUUUUAACCCUGUCUGCAGGGUUUACAAAUCUGUGAUCCAGGCCAUCCAGAAAUCAGAUGAAGGUCAUCCAUUCAGGUAACACACACACACACACACACACACACACACACACACACACACACACACACACACACACACACACACACACACACACACACACACGAACAUGUUUGAUGGAUUUUGUGAAUAACAGAGACUCAUAUCCAUCAGACUGUCAUUCAAAACAUCAAAACUUAAUUCUCAUGUAAUUUCCUCCUCCUCUUCCUCCCCCUCGCACUCUUAGGUCUCUGCUGGACAGGGACAUUUCAUUGUCCUCAGAGACCGUCCGUCAGCUGGCCGAUCAGUCUCUGGUCCACCUGAACUGGUUCACCAAUCAGACCAGGAGACUGCUGCUGGUGGAGGACCUAGUGGACUCCCUGAAGGUGUGUGACUACACCACACUUAAACAGACAUUAGAAGCCCUAAAAAAUCUAAAUCUCGAUCCAUCAUGGCCAAGGGCCCUCAUCUGUCACCUUGCAACCAAGAACUUGUCUUACUUUAACCAAAUAAGUGUCAGUUUUUCCUCCUUUACAGAGAAAUUCACAAAUCUGAAAUAGAAGAAGAGCAUGACCCGUUAAAGAAAUAUUUAACUUGGUUAUGAACUUCUUGCGGGGGCAUACCGGACGGACUGUCCUUAAGAUUUGGACACAUGAUCAAUGAUUCGAGUUCAUUCUAAGCAGUCAUUGGCUCUUGUUCCUCUUGUGAUAUUGGUUAUAAUUUUGAAUGUUCAUUGGUUCUUGUUCCAACAAAAUGAUUAUUGGUCCCAGCACUUUCAAGAGGAUAAUUGGCUCUGGUACCUUCAAUCAUUGUUUUUGGAUCUUUUUACGUGAUCAUUGAUUCUCUUUUGUUUUUUUUUUCAUACAGUUUUUGGUUCUGGUUCUUUCCCAAUAACCAUUUCUCCUGGUUCCCUCAGUACAAUUAUUAGUUCCAUUUCUUUCAUGAGACCCAUUGGCUCUGGUUCUGUCAAUACAUUUAUUAAUUUUGGUCUCUCUUUAAAAAAUCAUGGUUCAGGUUCUUUCUGUACAAUCAUAGGUUCUGGUCCCCUUCAAAUCAUGUGUUCUGUUUUUAAAAUGAUCAUUGCUUCUGGUUCUCUCGAAAAAGUCACUGGUUCUAGUUCUGUCUAAAGGAUCACAGGUUCUGGUUCUGUCUAAAGGAUCAUUGGUUCUAGUUUAGCAACUGAGAGAAAUAUGUUUUAAUUCCACUACAUAAUUUAAAAUAUUUUUAAUUUAAUUUAAUUUAAUUGUCUGAGGGUGUUACUUUGGUUCUAUCAGAUCAUUAUUGGUUCUAGAUGAUCAUUUUUUUCUAUCAAAAUAGUUCUGGUUCUGGUUCUGUCAGAGUAACACUGGUGCUGGUUAAAGUGUUAUCAAAAGGUCUGUCUUCAUAUUAGCCCAGAGUUCUUUAGACGGGGUUUAAGGGUUGCAGGGAUGUUGUCGGCUCUGUUCUGGUCCUGAACCAGUGAAGAGGCCUUUAUUUUGUACACACACAUAACCUUAAAAAAAACUUUAAAAAACCCACCUUCCUCAGAGUACCUGCCAGUGAACAAGUUCUUCUUAAACAUCACCAGAACAUCCUGAUGUUCCCUGAACAUUCUCUGGAUUUUCAAUUUGAGUUCUUCAAACGCUCCUUUUUGUUCUCCUGAUGACCUCCUGAAGGUCAAUUUAAGAUCUCUGAAUGUUUCUCCUAAUAUUUUCCUCACUGUAUGUGAAUGUUUUCUUGAUCUCAUGUUCUACUCAUGUUCUACAACUGUUCUCUAAUGCUCUCUGAAUGUUCUCCAACGGUCAUUGAACUUUCUCCAUGUGUUCCAGCUGGCUGGGGUCAUGUGGUUGAUGACAUAUAUCGGAUCAAUCUUUAAUGGUGUGACCAUCCUGAUCCUCGGUGAGUCCUCAAGAAAGCCACUGUUUGAAGUAUUAUUUUGGUCGUGGUCCAUAAACCUGUUAGUUGAAGUCGUAGAUAAAUAAUAGGUUGAAGAACUUUUUGUUUGGGUCAAAAAGUUUUAUAUUAAAGAGCCUGUGGGUAAGGUCAAAGGUGAUCUUGUAGGUUAGCUGUAGGUAGAAUUUCUUAUAGGUUGGUUGUAGAUCAAAAGACCUGUAGUUUAGCUGGAGGUUAAAGGUCUUUUAGGUUAUUUCAGGUCAAGGUUCUUGUGGGUUGGUUGAAGGUUGAUGACCCAGGGGUUAAAGUCGUAGGUUUGAUUCCUGUCUUAAUUUGUGUUCUGACCUGUUUCUCCUUCUGUUCAGCGGACAUCAUCUUCUUCACCACUCCACUGAUUUACAUGAAGAAGAAGGUACAGAACAGCUGAUCAUGCACAAACAGUACACUUCCUGUGUCUUUGUAAUAUUUGACUACAUUUCUAUUUAUUGAUCACUCCUUAUGACGUUGGAGGAAUUUCAUGGGUUUGGUUCUCUUUUAAAAAACAGGUGAAGUUUUGACUGGGACUAUUUUUCACAGCAGAGGCAAACAUGCCCUCUGUACAAUUUAUCACCUCUUUUGUGUGUGUGUGUGUGUGUGUGUGUGUGUGUGUGUGUGUGUGUGUGUGUGUGUGUGUGUGUGUGUGUGUGUGUGUGUGUGUGUAGACACAGAUCGAUCAUUACAUUGAGGUGAUCCGGGGCAGAGUGGACGAAACGCUGCAGAAGUGAGUUCACAUCAGAAUAAUAGACUAACACACAAACACACACACAAACACAAACACAUACAGCCCACUGACUUUGUGUGUCUUUUCAGGUUGCAUGACAAGUUACCUGGAGCAGUUAAGAGAACUAAAUCAGAGUGA